GGAGGAGGGCAGGGAGGCGAGUCCGGCCGGACGCCCUGCAGAGCGGGACGAAACGCGGGCGGCUGCGGGCGCCGCCGGCGAGGAAAAGACUGAGGGCAGAGACGCUGAGGAGGUGGCAGUUCCCGCGGCGUCGCCACAAGAAGAGGGGGAGCCUGGCGAGGGCCGGGGGGCGAGUGAAGAGGAACCCGUAGACGGAGAAAGGAGUCCUGAAGGAGGGGAGCCCCCUCAAGAGGCGGAGCCGGGCGAGAGUCGGGGGGCGCCAGUGAACGAGGAAAGGAGUCCUGAAGGAGAGGUGUCGCCGGAACAAGAGGGGGAGCAGCCGGGGGAGACUCGGGGGGCGAGCGAAGAGAAGCCGGUCGACGGAGAAGAGACCCGCGAAGGAGAGGAGCCCCCUCAACAAGAAGGGGAGUCGGUGGACACCAGGGGGCCGAGUGAAGAGGGGCCGGUCGAGGGGAGCUCUGAAGGAGAGGAGACCCCACAAGAGGGGGAGCCGGGCCAGAGUCCGGGCGCGAGCGAGGAGCAGCCGGUGGUCGGAGAGGGAGGGGAGUCUGUGACAGGAGAGAGCGAGCAGGAAGAGGAAAAGCGCGGCGGAGAUGAAAGAGACGAGACGAGCGAAGAAGCGCGCGAAAACGAAAAGCUCGACGGAGAGGCUGAGGAGGCUGAGGCCGAGUUGGGAGAGCAGCGGGAACCUCCGGAGGCUCCCGCGGGAGAAGAAGAGACUCUGAGGGAAGAGAGGGAAGGCCCAAGCGGAGAAAUUCCCGCCGAGGGGGAACUGGAUGCUAGAGGAGGAGACGCGCGCGAGGAAACCCCGGCAGAUGAAGAUGCGCGCGCGGAGGAAAGCGAAGCCCCGGGAAACCUCGAGGCGGCUGCCGAGGAGGAGGAGGAGGCUCCCCCGGCCUUGGGAGCGACGGAGCCGGCGCGAGAGGAUGCUGAUGAACGCACCAACCACCUGCAGGACGAUUCUGCGGAGGGAGCCGUCGAAGGGGCCGCGGAGGUCGGGGAUGCGCUCGGGGUGAAUGGCAUGCAGGGAAAGGAAGAGGAGGAGGAAGAGGAGGAGGAGGAAGCGGCGGCAGAAGAGCAGAUCCCACUCGCCGCGCCGGUGGAAGAGGCGCAAGAGCAUGACAUCUCCCUCUUCGUAAAGGCUGGUAGUGAUGGGGAGAGUAUUGGAAACUGUCCAUUUUCUCAGCGCCUCUUCAUGAUUCUCUGGUUAAAGGGUGUCAUAUUUAAUGUUACCACUGUGGAUUUGAAACGGAAGCCUGCAGACUUACAGAAGCUAGCUCCAGGAACAAAUCCUCCAUUUAUGACUUUUGAUGGUGAUGUGAAAAUAGAUGUGAAUAAAAUCGAGGAAUUCCUAGAAGAAAAAUUAGCACCUCCAAGAUAUCCCAAACUUGCACCAAAUCAUCUGGAAUCUUACUCUGCAGGAAACGAUGUGUUUGCUAAAUUUUCUGCAUUCAUUAAAAACACAAGGAAAGAUGCCAAUGAAAAUUUGGAAAAAUCAUUGCUGAAGGCUUUGAGGAAACUGAAUAACUACUUAAAUGCCCCCUUGCCUGAAGAAAUUGAUGCCUAUAGUACUGAAGAACUCACUGUUUCCACAAGGAAAUUCCUAGAUGGAGAUGAACUCACGCUAGCAGACUGCAAUCUCUUGCCAAAACUACAUAUCAUCAAGGUUGUGGCAAAGAAAUACAGAAAUUUUGAAUUUCCAUCUGAAAUGACUGGAAUCUGGAGAUAUUUGAACAAUGCAUAUGCGAGAGACGAGUUCACAAAUACUUGUCCUGCAGAUCGGGAAAUAGAGUUCGCCUAUUUGGAUGUUGCAAAAAGAAUGAAAUAAAUCAAGAAUCUUCUAUUUCUAUAUAUCUUCAGUGAGCUUGAUUUUUAAAAAGAAGGAAAACCUCAAGAAUAAAAUGAAGAGUCUGCUCUGCUGCAAAGUUUCAAGUUAUGAAACUGGCCAAUCCUUGUGAAAUAAUUAUUUUAUUGAUCUGCUAAUUCAAGUAUAGUAUAAUUGUAUAUUUGUUGCAUUGCAGAUAUGCGCAUACGCACAUGCAAAUAUAUGUAUUAUUUUUUGGCAAUAGAGCAAAACUCAAAACAUUUGCAGCAAUAUUAGAAUCUAGAUUAGAUAGUAAUUGCAGCUUUAAAAUUUCUAAACAAUAGUUAAAGGUAUUUCUGUAAGCAUUGAUCACCAUAUCAGGACAGAGAGAAUUAGAUAAAGUCCGUUUUUUGUUGGUCAGUGGGAGAACACCUAUGGAUUUUAAGAAAUGUGGAUUGUACUGUUUUGAGGGGCAGUCACCUCAGGGGAAUUUAACAGUGUAUCUAGUCUACUAUGUGCCAUUUCUUGUAUCUCCGCCCUUAAACCAUGGGCUUGUAUCAUACGCUUCUAGACCCCCUUCAACAUUAUGGCCGGCAUGCUGCAGAUGACUUGUUUACAUGUUGUGUGGCUUACAGCCCUAAGCUUUGUUGCAUCAGCUUCUUACUACUUAGGCUGGGACAUAUGUACAAAUGAACAAUGGCACUGCAAUGUCAGAAAGCAUUCCAUUGUAGCAACAUUACAAUAUCUAAAAACAGCUAUGCCAUAGCUCAAAGCUAUCCAUGAGCCAAGACUGACCUUAAAGCUCCUACCAUCUAAUUUCAGGUGCUGUGUGUGGUGAUGGUCAUUUAUUGGUGAAAGGAAGUCAGACUGGAUACUCAGAAGGGCUUAUCACAGGUUCCCUGUGAUACCCUGAACAGAUUCAGGAGCCUUAAGCCCUUUCUCUAUGCCUACCACACAAGUUGCUGAUCUCCCACCUCUGAUUUCUGCUUCUCACAGAUGUCAGUGUCACAAUUUUUAUUUUAUUUCUAAGCUAUUGCCAAAUGUAUUCAGCGACUGAAGUAUUUUUAAAGCAGAAAUCGGUGCAUUCUGUCUCACAAGAUCCAUGUGACAGAAACACAACACAACAUGUGUACAAACUGUACUCACCUGUGUAAAUAAUAGAAAGUAACAGAUUAUAUCGUAUGAAUACAAAUAAAAGGACCGGGUCAAAUGUUGUUAAAAAAAAUACAUUCCAUCUUCCUGAAGCUCCACCUCUCAGCUACAAAGCUGUGGGCAAAUUCUGUCUGCUGUACCAGAUUUGCCUCUGCAGGGACUGUGCAAUUCAUAGCUGUUAUCCCACCCUGCUGCUCCAAGGCUUGAAGUGUUCAAGCUUACUUGAAGUUAAGGAGGUCUUUCCUUAGUAAGGCACUCUGAAAACCAGAGGUUAAGGGCUUAUUAAGAAGUCACGGAUGUUGCUUGAUUAAUCAACACUUGAAAAUUUAAAACCCAGUUUGUGAACUGAAUGGAUUAAAAAAAUAUCUCUUGUCUUCAGAUGACGUGGAACUUCCAUCAUGGUAUUGCUCUGAGAUGGCUCAUCAGCACAUGCUGUAGUCAUCAAGUGAUGGACAGGCAUGGGUAAACCUGGCCUAAAUGAUAACAUUUCCUCAGGCUAUUGAAAUGGGGCCUCUUCCUACUCACCUCAUUAGUUUAUAAAAUUCACAAAUGCUGUUCAGUUUUGAGGAAGAGGAGGUCCCUUUAUCCUUGUUUUAGGAACAGGAUUCAUUUGGACAUCUUUGAAAAAUAUACAUUGAUUAGCAGAAAACACGUUUUAUUACUGUGAUGUUUCUGAAAGUUCCUGUUCAAAGUGUAAAGGAACAAAAGAGCCACAACAGCAGACAAAACCUACUGGAUUAUAAUGUGGCUACUAGGAAUUCUCUCCACUAAAUGUAGCAGCUAUCAGUUCCUCUGUAUAGUUAUCCCCAUAUAAGAUUGAUUAAAAUGUAUAUUUGAUAAGCUGAACUUUUUUUAGAAUAGGAAAAUAUUUCAUCUCAAGAAGAUGACUUUUCUUACCAAUUUUACAACAGUGUGGAUUUUCUAUUUUAAAGAUAUAUUACUUCUGUACUGUAUAAUCAUGAAAAUGUACUUUGUGUAGCAUGCUUCACAUUCUUUGUGAUUAAUGUAAACAGUGCUAAAUCCUGCAAUUUUUUUCCAAUCUAUAGAGUGAACCUGUUUAAAACUUAAACUAUUUUACAAUACCAAGAUUAAAUGCUGAGUUUGACUUUUUAGUAUGCAUGAAAGAAAUAUUUCUGUUCCCCCUCAUCUUCAGACGUCUAUAUAAUUUAAACCGCACAAAAAAAUCAUUGUAGUUGUUUAAUAUGCCUUACAAACCUGAAAAGAAAAUACACCAAUUCUGACUUAAA